AUGACACCAUUAGAUAAAUCUCUGGACGAAAUUAUUGCUUCAAGACCUUCAGGGCGUAUUCGAAGAGCCCCUAAACGUAUGCGUAAAAUUAAAACUCGUUUGGGAACGAGAAAAAUUACACAAAUUGUAAGCGCAACAACAGCUGCAGCGGCAAUACAGGCAGUGAUGGAGGAGGGAAGCAAAAUCAUUGUUAGCAAUUUGCCGUCUGAUGUAACUGAAGCGCAAAUUAAGGAUCUUUUUUCUAAAUCUAUUGGACCCACACGUAGAUGUUUUUUAAGUUAUGGGCCGAAUGGCCAAUCGAAAGGCAUUGCCACUGUAAUUUUUCAAAGAAAAGCAGAUGCUAGUCGAGCGUAUGCACAAUAUGAGGGAAGAUUAAUCGAUGGUGUACGGAAAAUGAAGGUUGAAAUUGUCCUCGAUCCUGGUAAAUCCAUGGCCAGUUCGUCUCUUUCGCAACGCAUUGCACCAGGAAUAUCUCGAGGACGAAGACUUAGAAAGCCGGGCAAAGGGAUGGGUCGUUUUAAGAGAGUUUCUAGACCUAAAAAAACUCUGGAAGAAUUAGAUGCAGAAAUGAUUGAUUAUUUUGGAUCUGCUAACCAAGAAAUUAUUGCUUAG